UUUCAGUAGAUUGAGUAGACUUGUAAAUUUAUAUGAAAAUAUUAUUAACAAAAAUUUUUAGAAAAAUAUAUCAGGGAACUCAAGACUCCUCGUAAAGCUUAAAGCUUUUGGUGCUUUUGCUGUGCACCCUGUUGGCCAUGUUCUUCUCCCCACCUCACUACCAUGUGCUUUUAUUACUCGGUUCACCAACUUCUAUACCUACUUCGAAUUGCCAGAACAACGCCGCAAAUCCUCCAAAUCCACGCCCAACUGAUCACCACCACCCUCAUCUCCGACCCUUUCGCCGCCGGCCAAUUGCUCGCCUCGUUGAUGUUAAGCGUCUCUAACAUCACGUACGCCGGCCAUAUGUUCACUCGAAUUGCCCAACCGAACACCUUCAUGUGGAACACAAUGGUUAGAGGCUAUGUGUCGAUCUCAAACCCAGAAAUGGCUUUGCAUUUUUAUGCAAAAAUGAGGAGGAAUGGCCUUCUGGGGGACGGCUAUACGUACCCAUUUGUGCUGAAGGCGUGUGGAAUGCUGGGCGGGUCCUGGGAGGGAAGAGAAAUUCAUGGGGAGGUUGUGAAGGCUGGGUUGGUUGGAGAUGUGUUUGUGAGGAAUGGUUUGAUUGGUUUGUAUUGUAAGGAAGAGGAGAUGGGUUGUGCUCGGCGGCUGUUUGAUGGUUUUCGUGGGAGAAAUUUGGUGUCUUGGAAUUUGAUGUUGGGUGGAUACGUGGGCAGUGGGGAUGCGAGGGAAGCGAAGAAAGUGUUUGAUGAAAUGCCUGACAGAGAUGUGGUCUCUUAUUCCAUUAUGAUUGAUGGGUAUGGCAAGAAAUUUGGUGAUAUUAUUCGAGCUAGUGUGCUCUUUGACUCCAUGCCCAUCAAGGAUUUAAUUUCUUGGAACUCUAUGAUUGAUUCUUAUGCAAAGGCUGGAGAUAUGGUGGCAGCUCAGCAAUUAUUUACAGAAAUGGAAGAGAAAAAUGUGAUUUCUUGGAGCAUUAUGAUUGACUGCUAUGCUCAGCAUGGAAAUCCCAAAGAAGCCUUGAUUCUGUUCAGGCAGAUGCUUUGUCAAGGCAUUAAACCUGACAAAGUAUCCAUUGUUGGUGCAUUAUUGGCUUGUGCACAAUUAGGUGCACUUGAUCAAGGAAGAUGGAUACAUAUGCACAUGAAGAAGAAGAAAAUUAUGUUGGACAUUGUUGUUCAAACCGCUUUAGUUGACAUGUAUAUGAAAUGCGGAAGUGUGAAUGAGGCUUCGUCCAUCUUCAACGGCAUGGCGGAAAGAAAUAUUGUUACUUGGAAUGUGAUGAUUGCUGGACUUGGUUUGAAUGGUUUUCCAGAGGCGGCUUUGGAAUGCUUCAGUCAAAUGGAGAUGGAAAGAAUUGAAAUGGAUGAUUUGAUUUUUCUGAGUGUUCUUGCUUCAUGUUCUCAUGCAGGUUUAGUAACUGAAGGCCUUGCUAUCUUUGACAGGAUGAGAAUUCAUGGUAUUAGGCCUAAGCUCGAGCACUAUGGUUGCUUGAUCGAUCUCCUUGGCCGUGCAGGACAACUAAAUCUAGCUCAAAUGGUUAUCAACUCAGUCCCUGUGAAACACAACGCGGCCCUUUGGGGAUCUCUUCUUCUAGCAUGUCGAACCCACAAAAGCGUGGCACUUGCAGAACUAGUGCUGGAGAAACUUGUGGAGCUCCUAGCUGAUGACUCCGGGGCUUAUGUUCUUAUGUCAAACAUCUAUGCCGAAGCCGGAAUAUGGGAGGGUGUGUCCAAGAUAAGAAAACUGAUGAGGGACAGAAAUUUGAAGAAGGAAACUGGAAGGAGCCUAAUAGAGGUAGAUGGCAGCCUUGUUGAGUUUGUUAGCGGUGAGAAGUCUCAUAUUCAAAGGGUGGAAGUAGACAGAGUCAUUUGGAGCUUAAUGAAGAUGGUGAUGCCUUCAGAGUAGGCUAUGAGAAAAGGGGAUUGAGUUGGUUACAUACUUGCGUGUUGUAGCCUAAACUUGAUUUGAAGAUACGGCAGCUCUAACACUUGGAAUGGUGCUGGUGACUGGAAGUCUAAUCAGGGCAUUUACAGUUUCAGUUAUCAUGAUCAGAAGCUUUUAUAUUAUUGUUCUGCAUCUUCUGUUUGUGGGUAGAUGAGAUUAUAGAUGAGAUUUUUCAAUAUUUGAAGCCCCCUUUCAAACAAAUUUGGGAACGUAAAA